UGGCAAAGAUGGAGAGAAGUAUUUAGACUCCCUUCUUCUUAAAAGAGAAUUACUAGUAAAAAAAUGAUGAUCACCAAAACUUCUGUGAUUUUUUUUCUUGUAGUGAUAUUAACAAACUCACCGUCGAACUCUGACGUUUUAGCCUCACCAGUAUUCGAAACAUCAAAAAAUGAUGUUUGCACUAUACCAUGUUCAACAAGGUACGGAAAUUAUGAAUGCUGGUUUGACUGCACUGACAGGCGGUACAAGGAUGGAGAGUGUGUUAAUGGACGAUGUUGUUGUAAAACAUAAUAGAAACCGAUCGACAAUUCAAGCGGUUGAUUUAUGUUGUUAUGGCAAUGGCAUCAUCAA